AUGGCGCCCAAGAGACCUGAGAAGGACGGGAAGAAGAAAGAGGGACUCAUAGAAUUUCCACCUGCUUCUCCACCCGAGCCUGAGCGCCAAGAAAUGGGAACCGAUCCAUCAGCUUCUGUGACAGGAUCGGUUACCAUUGCCGUGGCGGGCACCACUCCACCAGCUGAUGUAACCCCGCCGCCAGCAAUGAUUGCUGUGGUUGAGACACCACGGGCUAUGAGAGUGAAGAAGGCUGUCAUGAAGAAGUCUUCGCUGUCUGUGACUACUAGGGGAUUUAAACCAAAGCCUGUGUCGGCUACUCCAGCCCCCGAGCCACCAGCCCCAGAAGGGCCCGCGCCCAAGGAACCAGCCCCCGAGACGGGCUCGACAUUGCCCGACCUGCCACCUGCCGAGCCCCAGCAAGCCAAAGCCAGAGCUAGUGGUGAGGAACAAGUACCCAGCGACCACCUUCUGAAGAAGCUGCAGAGACCUCAAGGAGUCCUGGAGACCUGCUGA